AUCUAUUCAGUACUCGAUACUCUACCCGGACGGAAGUACUGGUGCACAUUACACCACAAACAACACUGAAUGGCGACCUAAGUAGUCAAUGUGAGAGCACGUCGGGGGGCUCGUUUAAGUCCAUUUUGUUACUGGGAGUCUAAAUAAGGAGGGAGCCAUGCCUACUGUGAUCUUAAUGGACGUGUCUCUGUCCAUGACACGGCCAGUGUCACUGGAUGGCAGCGAAGAGUUUCAGAGGAAGAACCUGGCUGUCCACGGACUCAAUAUGUUGUUUGAACACAUGGCCUCAAACUACCGCCUGGAGUUCACAGCACUGAUGGCCUUCUCCUCUCUCUGGGAGCUUCUUGUGCCUUUCACCAGGGAUUAUAAUGCAUUGCAGGAAGCUCUCAGCAGCUUGGAAGACUAUGACAAGACCUGUGUUGAAUCAGCUCUUAAUGGAGUUAAUAACUUAGUUCAGCAGGAGUGGGGCAGUGCCUGUCCCUGUCAGCUGGUGCUGGUUACUGAUGGAUCUCUUGGUAUUGAAGGUUCCCUACGUCACUCCCCAACACUGAAGCAUCGUGGAGAAGACAAGAAGUUCCCACUCCCGUUCCCUUUCCCUACCAAACUGUUCAUCAUGUGUGUAGCCAAUGCAGAGGAGGUACUGAAACACUUUUUUAAAAAAGAAUUCUGUUCCGCAGUCAAUUUCUAUUUGCCUAUGACGGAUGCCAUGGAUAACUUGGAGGAGCUUCUUCGUCUGAGUGGAGAGAGGUUGAUUGACUACGCCUACUCUCUUCAUGCGGUCCUGCACUGGAAUCUUUCCUCGGACGUUCAAGUGUUUCCUCGACCUGAGCCUGUCGUCAUGGAUGAAGAGGUGGAGCCGAUGCCACGAACAGUUAGUGCAGAUUUGGAAAUUGUGGGUUUCAUUGAAAUUGCUGACAUUUCCAGUCCUCCUGUCAUAUCCAGACAUUUGGUGCUCCCGAUUGCUGUAAACAAAGAUGUGGAUGAAGUUGGCACAGGCAGCCCAGACGAGCUUGAAGAGGAACCUUCUGCAGUCAAAUGGCAGGAAAAAGUCCCAUUUUGUGUACUUCUGCAUGGAAGUCUGAAAGUUGAGGGCAUGGUGGCGCUGGUCCAGCUGGGGCCAGAGUGGUACGGUAUGCUGUACUCUCAAGCAGACAGCAAGAAGAAGUCAAACCUGAUGAUGUCUCUGUUUGAGCCUGGUCCAGAGCCUCUGCCUUGGCUGGGCAAGAUUUCAUAUUUGGGACCAAUUUCAGAGGCAGCUGAAAAUCCUUAUGGAGAGGAUGACAGUAAAAGUCCUUUCCCGGUGCAGCCACAGGUCAAACGAAGCUACGCCCAGAAUGUCACUGUGUGGAUUAAGGCCAGCGGAUUACAGACUGAUGUCCAGAAAUCCUGAGAAACGCAAGGAAAUUACCAGAUAAAACUCAGACCUUCUAUAAGGUAAGUUUAGCUAAAACAGCUCUUGAGCUAAGAAUGUCAACUUUCA